GAGUUAGCGUAAGGGCAGACGGGGAAAUCUCGAACUUACUCUAACCGGCCGGGUGCUUAUCAUGAUUGGCAGUUAGCGUCCGGGCAGAUAGAGCUGACAACCUGCCCUAAAAUAAUUUUCAUGUCAUUAUUUCAUAACGCAUUAAAAGUUGUAAAAAAUUUGCGAAGUUUAAUCAUUUAAUCAUUUACGUUUUCAAACUUUGGUAAUUGUGAAUAUACAGUAGCUUUAAGCUUCAAGAAAUACCGUGUUGGGUCUUAGUAGUAUGUUCCAUUGACAUGUUGUGUUGUAGUUUACGAGUUCUGACAGGCAAGACAAACGUAUUUUCACGAUUUCAAUAAUAUCAUCAAAAUCAAUCAAUCAAACGAAAUUUUUUGGGCUCAUUCGGUAGUUUUUACUGGAUUAAAUAGGAUGCUGUUCAUGGGUGAGUCCAACAACACUGAUGUGCGUGACAAGGGAAGGCAGGUGUGCGUGAUGCAGGGCAGCCUGGUGGUGGAUACGUGACAAACAGGGGUCGGUUUUCAUUUGAAUGAUAGCUUAAAAACCUAUGCCAGAGACAUUCAUACGAGGAGCCCUAAAAUAAAAAAAAUAAAAAAGAUUGCCUCCAUGGUCUGAAAAUCACAGCGGAGUUCAAAGACCAUCUACAGACAGGUGCAUAUGAGCAAAACACUGGAGCUAAACCAAAGAUAUUGAUCUGUUUUAAGCAAUCGAUUUUGUGAGAUUGUGACGACUGUAAACUUUUAUACAAACAUCACUAAUCUGAAGUAAAAAGGGAUGUGUAUUUCCUGUAAAUAUUGUGGUGAAAACGUUAGUCAGCGUAAUGUAGCAACACGUUCUGUCCGCCAUAGGGAAAUUAGCUUAAAGUAAACCAUGUUAAAAUAGUUCAGUAUUUCUAUUUAAGAUUACAGUAAAUUAAACACAAUCCCCAGAAAUACAACAAUGACAUUUAUUUCUACCAUGGAAAAGCACUCCUAAACACUAUUUAACUGGGUGCUCUGAAGAGCUGUUAUGGUGGAAUGUUGUGUAAGAAUGACAACUACUCCUGUCUCUUGAGUUACUGCAAAUCGCCCUUAGCGUAACCAUCUCCAACCAUGCCAGACAAGGAUUGGUCACAGACUAACCAGCUGUCACUACUCAGAUGGCCUGUGGUAGCUGUGCUACUGUCUCUCCUCUCUCUUUGUUUUCCGGGCAAGUGUUUCCAGCCAUUGGUUCGAUUGAGAAUGACAGCAGCUCCAACAGACACAGUCACUGCAAGAUAGCCGAGUCACACAUUAUUUACACCAUUGUACCCCAAAACUCUGUAUUAAAACAUUUACUUCUACCCGGAUCCUGCAAGUCAAGUCCCUCUUUAACCUUUUCAAAAUCAUCUUGCUACAGUACUAAAAAAUAACACACUGACACACUCAACUGGCAUUUGAGGGGAUACUGGUGUCAGAUUCCAAACCGACUGCCGCUGUGCCCUUGAACAAGGCAAUUAUCCUGUUGGAUUGUGUCUAGAAAGCCCCCUCAAAAAAACUAAAUACGAGUGCUUAGAAAAUUACAAUGGUUGUUAACAAACCACAAACCAGAAGUUUCAUAUUGAGAACCUAAAGAAUACAUAAUUAAUACUAUUAUAAAUUGCUGGGUUUUAUUCUACAAGUGUUAGGGUUAGUUCUCAUCUUCAUAGAUAAGAACUACACAUUCAUUUCAUUGCCUUAAUUAGAAAACAAACAGACAACGCUGUUACUCUGAAUUCUGUUUGUAGUCUGUAUGCAAAUAUUCAAACUUCCUCUGUCAUAUACAGGUCUUCAAUAGACAGGGAGUGUUACACAUAGUUAUUACACAGACAGGACCUCAGCACAGACAGGGAGUUAUUACACAGACAGGACCUCAGCACAGACAGGGAGUUAUUACACAGACAGGACCUCAGCACAGACAGGGAGUUAUUACACAGACAGGACCUCAGCACAGACAGGGAGUUAUUACACAGACAGGGAGUUAUUACACAGACAGGACCUCAGCACCAGUCUACAGUAAAUACACAAUGUGGGUCUUGUUGCUCUUAAUUGUGACUGUAACCUCAAUAGUCUCGGGACCUUCUUGUUCAGUCAACAACAAUCCUCGUCAUAUUUAUGUCCCUGGGGACAUUGUUGUGGGUGGACUUUUUCCCGUUUACCUGCAGGUGAAAACUAAUGGAUCCACCAUUCCUCCGCAAAAGACGUGCAUUGAUUACGACGUGCAGAUGUUCCUCCGAUCGCAAGUGAUGAUUUAUGCCAUCCAAGAGAUAAACAGGUCUCAGAUGUUGCCCAAUGUGAGUGUCGGAUACGAAAUAUACGACACCUGUGGGGAUGUAACAAAUGCCAUCAGAGCAACACUGAGCAUGAUGGAGGACAUCCAAGGGCAGGGGGUGAAGCCUAAUGUAACCACACCACAUGUUAAAGUGGUAAUUGGGGAGAGGUAUUCUGAGAAGUCAAUAGCUGUUGCCCGUCUACUAGCUCUACCUUUAGUGGCUCAGAUCAGUUAUUCAUCAACAAGUGAGUUGCUCAGUAGGAAGUGCAAGUUCCCCUCGUUUCUGCGAACGGUCUCCAGUGAUGAGCAUCAGACCAUUGCGAUCGCUGAGUUGGUGAAGCAUCUCACCUGGGAGAGCGUGGGAGUGAUAGGCAGUGAUGAUGAGUUCGGCAAGUAUGGCGCCGAGAGGCUGAUCGAUCACUUAAAUGACAGGAAACUGUGUGUGGACUUCAAGGAGAUCCUAUCAGCAAACUUUUUACUCAACGAGACCAGAACACAAACAGAAUUGGCCAUGCUCAUGUCAAAGAUUCGCAAUUCGUCUGCCGAGGCCAUUGUCAUUUUCACAGCUGAAUUGAAUGUUAGGAUCAUCCUCAAAGAGGUCCUUAGAAUGGGGAUCAGCAGAAUUUGGAUUGCAUGUGACACUUGGGCCACCAACAAGGAGCUUUCUGAAAUGCCCGAUAUUCAAAAGGUUGGGAGGGUAUUUGGAUUCAUUCCAAAGAGAAACAAAGUGCCGGGUUUUCAUCAGUACGUCCGUGACUCUAUGUUCCAAAGCAAAGCCCAUAACAGCUUUAUCCAUGAAUUUAUGUGUCAUUAUCCUCCAUGUCCCGAUUCCUUGGUAGAUGAAAGUGUGCUGAACUGUACAUUACCCGACACCAAAUCCCAGUCAGAGAGUGGUGGAAGGACAUGCCUGGACAGAAGGUGCUUAUUGAAAUACAUUGACAAGGAUGAGUCUUAUUACAUCUAUCUAGCGGUCAAAGUCAUUGCUCAGGGGCUGAGGAGCUUGCUGAACUGCGACAAUGUAAGGUGUAAACGAAAUGCCACUUUUGCUGUUUGGGAGCUUCUUGAGGAACUCAAGCGGGUUAACUUCAUAGUGGACAAUACCACACACAUAGCUUUCAAUGAAAAUGGUGACCCUACUACAGGAUAUGACAUCGUAGAGUGGAAUAUGUCGGUUUCAGAAAAUCGGAUAAUAACCGUUGGAGAGUAUAGGCCUGAUGAACCCAUCCGCGUCAGAGAGCAUCUCAUCAGAGAGUUCGAAAAUGUUACAGUGACUUUUGCCAACUGCUGUAAGACAUGUAAUCCGGGAUAUGAGUUAAUUUCAAAGAUAAACUCAUGCUGCAAGGAGUGUUCUCUUUGCAGUCGUGGAUACAUUUCUACCGGAGGUGGUAAGAAGUGCGUGGCCUGUCAUCCACAAAGGGAGUACACAUCCUCAGACAAGGACAGAUGUUUGAUGAAAACCAUUGAGUACCUGGGGUGGACUGACGCUUUCACCACUGUUCUGGUCUCAUUUGAUGUCUUGGGGAUUGUUGUCAGCCUUCUGGUGGCCAUUUUGUUUGCUGUGGAUCGAAGAACACCCAUAGUGAAAUCCACUGGAGGCUACCUCAGCUUCCUGGAGCUGCUGUCCCUGCUGGCCUGCUUCUGCUGUAUCAGUAUGUUCCUGGGGGAGCCAACAAAGACCACCUGCAUGGCGGGUCUCCCACUCUUUGGCAUGGCCUUCACUGUCUGCGUCUCCUGCAUCCUGGCCAACCUGCUCCAGAUCUUUGUGGGCUUCACUUUCGAUUUGAGGGUUACAGUCGGCGACACACUGAAGCGCCUCAACCGACCCAUCGCUGUGGUAACGUGCUGCUCGGCGGUCCAGGUGGCCGUGUGCGUGCUGUGGCUGACCUACGCCCCACCGUUCAUUGUCGAAAGCAGCAGGUUCGACGAGGCCACCAUCCUUCUGGAGUGCAACAAAGGUUCCAAGAUGCUCUUUGGAGCCAUGUUGACUUACAUUGCCCUGCUGGCAGUGGUCUGCUUCCUGUUUGCGUUCAAAGGGAAGCAGUUGCCAGAUUUGUAUAAGAACGCCAGUUUUGUCUCCAUCAGCAUGAUGAUUUUCCUGGUGGUUUGGAUUGUCUUCAUCCCUGUCUACAUCAACAUGUCGGGGAAGUACCAGCGGGCCAUCGAGGCGGCGGCCAUCUUGGUGUCCAAUUACAGCGUACUCUGCUGUCACUUUGCUCCCAAGUGCUACAUCAUGCUCUUCAGGAAGGAGCUCAACAACGAGAAUGCCAUCACAAAUUACAUCCGGAAACACUAUGAAAAGAAGGGCAUGGCUGUUGUCAGCAAAUAGUUUGUUGAUAGUAGCGAUACGAGGUAUUUGAGGCAGAUAUGUACAUGAAGGUAGGGUAAAUUGACUGGGCAUCAGGAUAGAUAAUAUGAGGUAUUUGAGGUAGAUAUGUACAUGAAGGCAGGGUAAAGUGACUAGG